AUGUACUAGGUAAAUAUAUUCUGCAGAAAGAUGUGAUGCCUAUCAAAUACAUAAAUGUAGAAUAGGUAAUAGAUCCUCGUUGUAUUGUCCAUGAAAAGUGCAUGUAAAUCUCUUGACCUUUAUUUUAGGUAGCCAUUAAAAGAUCGUCAACCUUGAUAGAUUUGGAAUCGUGGAACUUCAAUUACUGGAAAACUGAAUAAAACCACUUUUCUUGAUGCCAAAUCUUUCAUGCCAUCACUCCUAAGAAUAAAUGGUGCCGUUUAUUACAUUAUGACUUGCAAGAAAAAAUAAUAUUAGCGACAAUUAUAAUGAUGUACAAUUUUUCAUUAUGUAUUAAGUUACAAUAACCAUUGUUUUGCCACGAUGAUUACUCUCUUAAACUGAAUAAUGAAAGUGACUAGUAUUUAAGCUGUGACGGCAUAUAGUAGUAUUUCAUUUGUCAAGAGUGAUUUAGUGACGUAUCCAUACUAACAAAUCGACGUCAGAAUUCCAUUCGAGGUAAUUUCAAAAACUAACGGUAGGAUGCGAAGUGUUAAAAAAAAUGACCACGUUUAGGACCAACGUUGUAACUUAUACUUGUUUAGGGACGGUUAUGUAUAGCGACAAAACAUGUAUAAUUACCUCUAUUUUUCCCUACUCUUAACAAUUUCACGUGUCUUCAACGUUUUCUCAGAUUCUCUUUGGAUCUUAAUGCUCGUGCAAGGAAGAGGCAACCAAGGACCUCUCGUAUAAAGAGACAAGAGCUCUGCCAUAAAGGCUGAAGUUGCAGCAGAUGCUCACAGAACUUGUGCAGUAGUCAUAAUAAUAUAUGCACAGUGCACACGCAGAAGAGAGAGAAAGACACAACUCUGUUCUAUGUGUGUGUGUGUGUAUAUAUAUAUACAUACAUAGAUGAUAUUUGUGUAAUAACGAUGGGGAAAGAAAGAAAGAAAGAGGUGGCAGCGAUGUGAUGAGAACCAUUAGUUUUAUCCAUGUACAGAAGAAGAUUCUGCUACACCAAUGGUUGCUCUGAAAUAAAUAUACCUACUCUGCUCAAAACCAUUUACUCUAACCAAAUACCAAAUACUCUCUCUCUCUCUCUCUCUCUAAAGAAUAUGUUCCCAUUCACAACAUCACAGUGGCAAGAACUUGAACACCAAGCACUUGUGUUCAAGUACAUGAUUUCUGGACUUCAAAUCCCACAAGAUCUCCUCUUCACCAUCACAACUAGCUUCCACUCUUCUCUCUCCUCAAAGCUCCUCCACCACCCUCCUCCUCCUCAACACAUGAUAGGAUGGAAUGGAUACCAAUACGAACAACAGAUGGGAUACGGUCAUCGAAAAAUAGACCCGGAACCGGGGAGGUGUAGAAGAACAGAUGGGAAGAAAUGGAGAUGCUCGAAGGAAGCUUAUCCAGAUUCUAAGUACUGUGAGAGGCACAUGCACAGAGGCAGAAACCGUUCAAGAAAGCCUGUGGAAAGCAUCACUCUCUCCUCAAAACCACCCACUAAUAUUAAUAAUAAUAACAAUACUGCUAUUCCCACUACCAACAACUACUCUUCUUCUUCUUCUUCUUCUUCUUCUUCUUCUGCUCAAUCCCAUUUUCUUUAUCCCCAUAAUACCCCUUCCUCAUCCUCCAGACCUGGUGCCACCAAGUUUUUCAUGGAGUCCAAUCCUUACAGAAACCGAAAUGGACCAGAAACAGACGAGCACCCGUUUUUCUCGUCGGGGAUUAAUUCUUCUUCUAAUGGUGUGAGUGAAUCUGCUUCUUGGCAACUGUCGCAAAUGAAACAGAGCAAUGCUUAUAAUUCUUCUGGUCUCGAAAGUUGGCAGCAGCAGCUACAAAGUCUUACCAGGCAACAAAACCACCACGAUCACUUUAAUAAUAAUAACUACAGUAGCUGUAAUAAUCAUGUGCGGCGGCCGUUGAGCAACGACGACAGGGAUGAAGAAGAUAAUCAUCAGCCCAAGAAAGUGAUGCAUCAUUUUCUUGAUUCUUGGCCUGAUUCCGAGCAUCACCAACUGUCCAACAACAACAAGACUCACCUCUCGGCAUCGGCACCGAACUCUCUACACGACUUCUUCAUGACUGAAAAAUGAAAAAUCAAAAGAGCUGCAGAGAAAGUACUUUGGUGGGACAAUGGUUAUCUGUUUGACUGUUCUUUCUUCUGUUUGUGUGUGUGUGUGUGUGUGUGGGGUAGUAAGUAGUAACUGAGGAAUCACUAUGCAUUUUUAUUUAGUUAUUAUAAUUAUUUUUGUUUUCUGCAAUAUAUAUAAUAUAAUGUAUUGAAUUGUGCUAUUUUACUGGUACUGGUAUUUAAUUUUGUUUGAAGGCAACUGCCAAAUUUUGCCACAUGA